AUGACCUUUGUAAAGUCGGGACAACCUAUUCAUACCACGGGUAAAAAUCUUGCAGGUUUAUGGAGACCUUCAUUUGUCAAGACUGAUAAAAAGUUAUACGUGUUUGGGGGUGGAGGAAAUGUUACACAUGAUUUGCAUGUACUUCACUUUGAUGAUAUGAGAUGGGAAACAAUCCAGGCUGUAGAAGGCAUUUCUCCUAGUAAAAGAUAUGGACAUACAGCUACUAAAUGGAAAAAUUCUUUUAUUAUCUUUGGUGGUUGUAAUGAAUUUCAAGAUUAUUGUAAUGACAUUCAUAUAUUUAAUCUUGAUACAUUAACUUGGUCCCAACCUAAUAUCACUGGUUCUGUCUCUGCUCGUUAUUUACAUACAUCGGUGGUUUAUAAUGAUAAGCUUUUUGUCUAUGGAGGUUUUGCCAAAAGUUCAGAUUGCACUUAUGUUCUGGAAGAAAUGAACAUAUUAGAUUUGAAAACAAUGACUUGGUCAAGGCAUCAUGAUGUUCAACCUCGAUAUAAUCAUUCAGCUACUUUAGUCGGCAGUAAGAUGUAUAUUUACGGAGGGAAAGAUGAACAUGGCAACACUGUAUCCGACUUGUUUGUUCUUAAUUUACAAUCUAAUACAAACCAAUAUACUUGUCAUCUUGUUCUUAGUGGAUCUCACAAUACUCAAAUGGCUCUUAUGAAAAGUCAACACUUUUGUGAUGCUGUUUGUGGAAAAUUAUUAGUCUUUGGUCGUUUCCUGGUGAAACCAACCAGUUUAUUAUUACAACAGCAGCAACAACAGCAACUCCAACAACAACAACAACAACAACAACAGCAACAACAACAACAACAACAACAAACAAAUGAUAGCAACCUUGGUUAUAGUUUAUGGAUGUUAGACUUGGAUACUUUAGAAUGGGAACGACAGGAAUGCGACGCACACUUCGAAGUUGGUGGUUGGAAUUAUUUUACAAUUAUCAAGGAAGUACACCCUAGUUUCAGUACUUUGGAUAACAGUGAUGAACUUACUGUUGAACAGACCCAAGUCAAUACCCAUCAUCUCUUAUUUCUUGGCAAUACUGAUCCUUAUCGACCGCAAGGUUAUGAUCAUUUUAGGGAUGCUCUCGUUAUCAAUGGUGAAUCACUUGGUUUAUAUGAUAUUGCCCCUUGCCAGUACAUGACUGAAUUUGCCCAAAUGCUUGAUAAUCCUGAACUAUCGGAUUUUACCAUCGUUCCUUCAAAUGGUCAGCCUAUUCACGUUCACCAGGUGAUUCUUAUGACAAGAUGGCCUCAUUUUAGAAAUGUAUACAAGUCUGGUAUGGUUGAAUCGUUGGAGCGACGUAUUGAUAUUCCUGAAUCUCAUGAAGUGGUGAUGGCCUUUCUCAAGUAUCUCUACAGCGAUCAAUUGGAUGAAAAUGAACCUUGGCCUGUGGUAUGUGAACUUUUAGUGGUAGCCAGUAUGUAUCUUCAACAUCGUCUGAAGAAACUAUGUUGCCAAAGACUUUAUCAACGUCACUUGUCUAUCAAUAGUUGUGGGAUGAUUUUUGAAAAAGCAAUACUAUCGGAUGAAACUGGACUCAAGUUAUUGACAUUAGACUUUAUGUUUCGCCACUAUGGAUCAGUGCUCAAGUCAAACGUGCUCAUGCAUGUAUCUCCUUCUGUACAACAUGCUUUCUUGGAGGCUGUGCCUGAAGAGGCGGUGCUGGAGGUAGGUAGAUCACGAUUUUUAUCAACAUCAUCCAAUUCUUCCUUCACAGCCACAUCGUCUCCGUCGGACUUUACAACAGUGUCAACAUCAGCACUUACAUUGAUAUCAUCAGCAAACAGCAAUAUUAAUAUUCCUCAUAGCUUUAGUCAUGGUGUCCUACCUUCCUCUAUUAUUCAAUCAAGUCGUAUGGAUACAGAUGAAUCGGAUCGUAAUAGCAGCUCUUCAUCAUCACAAGGUUCUUCCAGUUCAUCUUCUGCCACGCCUCAUUAUAUGACUACAUCAGCAUCCUCUAUUUCUGUAAUACAACCAUCUCAGCCACAGCAACAACAACAACAACAACAACAACAACAACAACAACAACAACAACAACAACAACAACAACAGCAACAACAACAUCCAUCAGUAGCAACUCAGCAUCCUCAACGAUCAGGUAUUACAGGAUUACAAAGGACAACAAUGGCAAAUGGAAUUCAUACCAAUAGCGUGGAAGUUUGAAUUAAAUGAUUCGUAGAUUAGAGUAAUGAUUAGCAUUUUAUUAAUGAUAGUUUUGAUACAUAUAUAUGACACAAGUACCCUGUUGACAUUAUACUUUUUUUUUUGAUUCCAAAAUAAAGU